AUGUUCACUCCCGAUCCUUCUCUCUCAGAGGAGGCACUCCCCUUGGGCAACAUGUUUCAGCUUGUGGAAGAGAUUGAGGAGUGGAUGCUGGCACUUCCUGAGAGCGCUUUCGACCCAGCAAGUGGCAGAUUAUCUCUGGGCUAUGUUCUGGAUCAUGCACCGAUGACAGACAUGCAGCGUGCCCAACUUGGUGCGACGGACAUCUCAACUGUCAUUGAACAACACGGCCUGCAGACACGCCUUUACUGCGAGGCAGGUGAAGUUGGCAUGCGAAGUUCUAUGGAGCAAAUACGCAUUGUCUUGGAAGACAUGGUUGGUUCUGAGCUGGCUCUGCGAGAUGAUGUGAGUUUGCUUGACUUAGCAGACCAACCACUUGUGGCAAGACAGCUCAGAGGCAUCUCGGAUGCCAGAGAACGGCUAGCGACUGUCGCCAGUGCAGCUAGGAGCUCCGGCAAGAUCGCGGUCGAGGGGGCGAGGGUGGUCAAAGUCACUCCUGACCGGAUCGAGCCAUUGGACCAGGCUCAGGGAUCUGCUUGGGACCAGCAAUGGUUUUCUGGUUUGUUGGAUGAUGAAGAUGCCAAGGCCAGCACAGGGACGGGUGUGGACGCUGAGGGAAUUGGCACCCCGAGCGACCAGAGCCCUCAACAUCACUAUGAUCCUGCCUGGGAACAGGUUUACUAUCCGGCCCCGACUCUUCUUCAGGUCCCCAUGGUUUGCACACCCUGGGGGCUCACGCCCAUGAUGGUCUGCUUCUCUGACACGUCUGAAACGCCCAACACCGACUGUUUAGAACCAAGUUGGUGCCCGCAGAGUCCGGAGGACUUAGAGGAGAAGUACUGGUGGCAGCGCAGAAGAACCAUGGCUGCCCAAUUGGCAAAAUUCUUGAAACGUUUACGGGAGGAUGGCGAGGUGCCGCUGGACGAUGUGCUACAGCAACAUCCCAAUCUCUGGUAUAAGUGCCAUUCCGCGAGCGAGUUGGCAAGAAACCUCGCGAGCAUUGGGGAGCUGACUCCAAUUGUUGUGGAUCUACUGCACUGCACAGUCCGACUUCGGACCGAAGAUGAGACUCUGGUGGCCGCAUGCGAGGUCCUGAUGGCCGAGCUCGAGGAUCAAAGAUCAUGGAAGUCAUCAUCAACAUUGAGCCUCACGGAUGCGCUCAUGUCUCGUGAGGUUCAGUUGCACCUUCCGCGACACGGGUCCAAGGAUCCGAUUGAGCGAGCUGGCAUCUUGCGAGCGGCAUUGGAAAAUGCUGAAUUGCUCACGGUUGGAGCAUCUGAUACGAUCUCCUGGCGCUCUCGUGCUGACAUGCUGCUUCAGCCCGUGGAAGAAGUCCUAGCGAGUACGGGCAAGGAAGCGCGCAUCAUGCAGAAGGAGGGCGAGGUCCCUUUGCUUGUGCUCGCAGAGGAGCCGACGAUUCGCCGAUUGCUCAACCGCGCAUGCCUCAAGUCGAGCAAGGAUUCGCUAGAUGCUUUGCGGGAUGCCCUGCUUGAAUCAGAGACGCUGGAGUUGGACACCCCUCGUAUGAGUUGCCGGGCCAAAAGAGAUGGCCGGCAAGUGGAAGUUGCAGAUUGUCAGGAGAUGCAGCAGAAGCGCCAAUGGCGCAGGCCUGGCAGGUUCCCUUCGCAGAAGGAUGCGAUCGAAUUGCGAAAGCUGCUGAAGCACUACUUUGAUCCUUUCAACUUGCAGCACAAUCGCGUGCUGAUGUCUCUGGUGCAGGCACAGAGCGGAGCAAAAGGAGUUCUCAAGCACCAGACUCGCCUGUGGUUUUCGAUUCAGGAGCUUUGCUACAUGCCUCGGAUACAGAAAAGGUUCGCAAUGUAUGAUCGCAGCCGUCACAGCGACUUGUUAGCGGCUGCUUUGCAAACGGACGAGGAGUUGCCGGUGCGCUUGCCGUCGCACGGCUACAGAAAGGAGUGGAAAUCUCGUGGAAGUUGGACUAAGUCCGAACUUUGGCUGGAGCUGUCGUAUAUGCCAGCGUUCCGGCUCUUCCAGACCACAGAAGAGUGCGCGGAAGUGGAGAGCAUGCUAGAGCCGGAGAUCAAUGCGGGCCUGGAUAACAUCGAGGCUUUGCCUCAACAUGUGUUCUUGGUCAUGUCGUAUUCGCUGUCGUCGGACAUCUCCUGCAGACUGUCGCCGAAGGUGCAGGAGGCGGAAGAGGCCAUCGCCAAGGGCGAGCUGGAUCCGAAUGUUGUGUACUGGGAGACAAGACUGCAGCGGAUCAAGCGACAGCUGCUGUGGCAUCCUGCGGAUGUGAUUUCUGUCCAAGGAAUCCAAAGCAUUGGCUACAGCGAUAGGUGCAGUGAGACUCACGGGGAGUGGUUUAGUAGCGACCAGGAGCCCGUGAUGAACCAUCUGGUACACUUGUACAGAGAAUUGGCUAUGAAAAACUAUGGUGUGGCUUUCUCGCCAGCCAUGCGUCUCCCUGGAAGCUCAACAGUUUGUUUGGGCAAUGCGGUGUUUUGGAAGCGCAACCGCUGGCAGUUGAAGAACUUCUGGACCGUCCCGAACUGUGCAGUGUGCGUAGAGCUCGCAUCUCGAGUUCAGUGUCCUGACCUGGUGGUUUGCUGCAGCAAAUCACCUGGCGUCUAUGCAAUCGAGUGGGGUGAGCAGCUUGAAAAGGAGGUGCUUUUGCAUGAGUUGGCUCCCUUGCAAUCGCAGCUCCUGGAGAAAGCUGCCUCGCAAGAUGCAAGGCCGGUGUGGUGCGGAGACUUCGGCCUGUCAGCAAAGGAUGUGUUGGAAGGGCUCGGCGAGGCUGCUGCCUUCUCGCCAUCUGGCUUUAACGCCUCGGAGGUUGGACAAAACAUUUGGCACAGCAGCUGCUUUCAGCUCUUGGGCAGACAUCCCGGCACAUCGGCCUCGAGGUUCGCGGAGGGCGCAUCCUCCGACCUCAUCAUGCACGACGGCUCUCUUCAGCCGUUAGCAGUCUUGACUGGGCUGCCUCGAAGUUGCGAGGGGCAGCUAAAUUGUGUGCAACUUCUCGGCAGCGGCUACCCUUCGGACCACCUCCUCCAGGUUGCCGUGUUCACGGAAUUCCCCUCACAGAAAGCUGCAGACGAAAGCGACAAGGAAGACGCGAGAUGCUUCGCAGCAGCCGAUCCAUGCCAAAGCCAGGACCAUCACAAGUCUCAGUGCCAUGCUGUGGACAGCACUGGAACAACAGGCACUACAGAAACUCUUGCUGGUUCAACCGGUUCAGCUCCUCACCAGGAGACCCAGAACCAAGGAGUCGACCAGAGCCGAGUGUGGAGGAAGGCUCGCGUAGGUCGGAAGCAGUGGCGGUCUUUCCAUCCGGACCAGCACUAA